AUGAAAUAAAUAAUAACAAUUUAAGUGGGUUAAAGUGGAAAUUAAAUAGGAAAUGCUAUAUGGAACUAAAUGAUGGAUGAUUGUGGUGAUAAAUUGGAUUAAAAAUUUUUUCGUGAAGGAAUCCCUCGUACAGUAUUGGUAGAUAGUGAAGAGAAUACAUUAGAUAAAAUAAGUGGAAAUAAGAAUUUAUAAUAUUAUGAUCCAAAUAAUUUCAUUUAUGGAAAGAAUGGAAAAUGUUUAACAUUUGCAAGUGGUUAUUAUGGUUAGAAUGAUUUAUUUGAUGAGAUUGUAGAAAGAGUAAGAAAAGAGCAUGAAUAAUGUGAUGGAGUUUAAGCAGUUUAAUUAAUUCAUUCUAUAAAUGGUGGUACAGGGUCUGGAAUGGGAGCUAAAUUAGUAUAUUAUACAAGUGAUCAUUUUUGUGAUUGUUCAAAGAUUAAUAUUUCUAUUUAUCCAUCAAAACAUGAGAAUAGUGUGAUUUAUCCAUAUAAUUCUCUAUUAGGUUUAAUGCAUUUAAAUUACAACUAUAAUAUGGGAUUUUACUUUGAUAAUGAUUCAUUAUAAUAAAUGACAGAGAAUAUGUUUAUAUAUGAUUAAAACUAUGAAACAUAUAAUUAAUUAUUAGGAUUUGCAAUGGAUGGGAUAUAUAAAUCUUUUCGUCAUAAUUCAUACUCUAACACAAACUUUUAUAAGAUAUAAACUAAUAUAACUCCAUUUCCAAGAUUACAUUGUUAUACAAUAUCAUUAGCACCUUUGUUUUCAUAUAUUAAUACUCCAAGUCUUUUAUAAGUGAGUAAAGAAAUAUAUUCAAAAAGAAAUCAAACAUUUUCAAUGUCAUUAUCUUCAGGUGUAUUUUUAGCAUAAUAAAUAAUGAUAUAUGGAGAUACAGAUGUGUUUUCAGUUUAAUAAGAAUUUAAAUAAGCAAUAAGUUCAGAUGAUAUUCAAUUUGUUAAAUGGGUUGCUGAUCCUAUCACUUAUAUAAUCUGUCCAAACAAAUAAAAAUAAUGCGAAUUAAUGGCUUUUUCAAUUAAUCAUCAUACUGGAAUAGGAAUUAAACUUAAUUAAUUGAAAUAACAAUUCAAAACACUUUUUUAAAAACGUGCAUAUUUGCAUUUAUUUAUGCAAGAAGGACUUGAUGAAUUAGAAUUAUAAGAAGCAGAAUCUGCAUGUGGAGAUGUAAUUUCUGAGUACUGUUGUUACAAUGAUUAAACUGAUACUACAGAUGAAUGA